GCGGGGCGGGCCGAGCUGAGCGGCCGACGAAGUGUCCCCGGUUUGCGCGGUGGUCUGUACUCUGCGAGGCCGGAGGCCGUUGACCUCUCACGGCCCGUAAUUUCCUUCACUGGCGGAGAUUUACCGUGCUUCGGAGGGGAGCCGAUUUAAACCAAACAUUAAACAGUUCAGCUGCGUCAAAUUCUUGAGAAUUUCAGAAUGACUGACAUUUCUGAAGCUAUUUCAAAUUUUGAAGAGAUGUUUGCCAGUAGAUUCACAGAAGAUGACAAAGAGUACCAGGAAUACCUGAAACGCCCUCCGGAGUCCCCUCCAGUUGUCGAGGAAUGGAAUAGCAGAGCUGGUGGGAACCAAAGAAAUAGAGGCAAUCGGUUACAAGAUAACAGACAGUUUAGAGGAGGGGAUAGCAGACGGGGGUGGCCAAGUGACAAUCGAUCCAAUCAGUGGCAUGGACGUCCCUGGGGUAACAAUUACCCACCACACAGACAAGAACCUUACUAUCCCCAGCAGUAUGGACAAUAUGGUUACAACCAGCGACCUCCUUAUGGUUACUACUGAUAGAAAUGUUGGAAGCUUUUAGUAAAACCAUUGUCUUUGUUAACAUGACAAAAGUUUGUGUGUCUUCUUUUGGUCAUAGUGUUACAUCUGCUUUUAGAGAAUGGCUUAUUUUUUUUUAACUUGAGACUUUUUAUUUUUAAUAGAUCUUACUAGAGAGAUGUGAUGGUUACCGGGAAUACCUAAAAAUGUUGUGGAUUAUAUUGCCUGACUCUACCUCAGAUUCUUCUUUGUUUCAUGACUUAUAGUGCUUUGAGUUUGGUAUAUUUUUCUUAUUUGACCUAUAGGCGCUCUGUCUUUAAUUUACACAGAAAUAAAAACUUGAAAAUAGA